UCUGCAGGUAGACCGAGCCAACUACACGCUGGUCGCCCAGAAAGUAGACGUGUCCCACUGUCCUCUUUGUGAAGUGUCAGAUGGAGGCAGACAUCAACAACAUGGAAGAGCCGGCUUACAAAACACUGGAGACUUACAUGGAGUCCUUAGGGCGGCAGUUAGAAGAACAAGACGCGGUGUUUGUCAUCGGACUUCUGGUGGCUUUGGCGGUUGUGGUGGUCACGUGUGUCUUUCUCAGGUACUUUCUCACAAGCAAAACUGUCCAUAGUGCGGUGUUGCUGGUCGGGUUGUGUGACGCUGGAAAAACGCUGCUUUUCAGCCGGCUUCUGUCUGGAAAGUUUAAACAGACACAGACCUCCAUUACUGACAGUAGUGCUCAAUAUAAAGCGAAAAAUGACAGGGGAGCUACUUGGACUCUGAUAGACCUGCCAGGUCAUGAUAGUCUGCGCCCACAGUAUUUAGAGAAGUUCAAGUCAGCUGCCAGAGCCAUCGUCUUCGUGGUGGACAGUGCCAUCUUCCAGAAGGAAGUGAGGGACGUGGCAGAGUUCCUGUAUGUCCUGCUGACAGACAGCGUGAUCUGUAGGAAUACCCCGACUCUCUUGGUGGCGUGCAACAAACAAGACAUCACCAUGGCUAAAUCUGCCAAGCUGAUUCAGCAACAGCUGGAAAAGGAACUGAACACACUGCGAGUGACUCGCUCUGCAGCUCUCAGCUCCCAGGACGGCUCUGCGGGUGGAAGCCUUUAUCUGGGGAAGAAAGGCAAGGACUUUCAGUUCAGCCAGCUGCCAAUGAAGGUGGAAUUCUUGGAGUGCAGUGGUCGUGGUAGCAAAGGUGACGAGGGAGAGGCUGACAUCCAGAGCUUGGAGAGCUGCCUGGCUCAACUGUAAACUUCAAACGUGGACAUCAAGUCAGUAUCCACUAGCAUCUCAUCAAAGACUCUUGGGAAAGUCGAAGCAUGCAAUCAAAGUCAAACAAACCUAAUAGUGUAAUUAGCUAGAAGUAAUGAGUGAUUGCAAAUAUAAACACACUUCAAGUACUUCAAGAUGAAAAUAAGGCUCAAUUAAAUCAUGUCUGCGCACUCAGCUUGAUUUGAAAAGUUUGCUAUUUCUUCAGUCGCCUGCACAGGAAGUUGUGUGCCUUUUUAUUGCCCAACAGUUGAAUGUGUGUUGUUUUUCAGAACAUAUUUGUCAUUAUAAAGCUAUUUACUUCUGCAAAUGAAAGAUUUUCUUGGUUAUAAAUAAAUGAAGGUGAAUUAA